GCAGCAGAAGGUGUUCAGUACUGAGGAAAAGGACUCCGUGAUUGAGGACCAGAAGAGCAAAGUGGACCGAGCACGAUGUCUGAUCGACAUGGUGAUGGGGAAAGGGGAGAGAGCAAGUCAAGCGAUGAUUGAUAGUAUGAAGAAGAGGGACGAACACUUAUGCUCCACCCUGGGUCUGAUGUCUUCUCUUGCUGGUGUGGGAUCUGCUGCUGUCGAGUACGAACAUAAAAUCAAGUCUCAUUUGUUGAAGAAGUUCAGAAAAGUGGUUGAGGGGAUCGCUGAAAAAAAACAAGCAGCACCUCUGAAUGACAUCUACACAGAGCUCUUCAUCACAGAAAAAGGCAGUGGAGAGUUCAACAAGGAACAUGAGGUCAGACUGAUUGAAAAAGCUUCCAGGAACCCAGUCAAGGCGGAUACAACAAUAAAAUGUGGAGACAUCUUCAAACCCUUACCUGGGCAAGAUCAACCAAUCAGAACAAUAAUGACAACUGGAGUGGCAGGAAUUGGUAAAACUAUGUUAACACAGAAGUUCACUCUGGACUGGGCUGAAGGCAAAUCCAACCAGGACAUACACUUCACAUUUCUCCUCACUUUCAGAGAGAUCAAUUUACUGAAAAACCAAGAGUUGAGCUUGGUGCAACUUCUUCAACACUUCUUUAUUGAGAGCAAAGAAGCACAAAUCUACAGUUAUGACCGGUUCCAAGUUCUCUUCAUCUUAGAUGGUCUGGAUGAGUGUCGACUUCCUCUGGACUUCCAGAAAAACACGAUCUGUACUGAUGUCACAGAGUCCAAGUUGGUGGACGUGCUGCUGACAAACCUCAUCAGGGGCAACCUGCUUCCCUUUGCUCGCAUCUGGAUAACCACACGCCCUGCGGCAGCCAAUCGGAUCCCUGCUGAGUGUGUUGACAUGGUGACAGAGGUGAGGGGGUUCACCGACCCACAGAAGGAGGAGUACUUCAGGAAGAGAUUCAGAGACGAGAAGCUGGCCAACACAAUCAUCUCCCACGUCAAGAAAUCACGAAGCCUGCACAUCAUGUGUCACAUCCCAGUCUUCUGUUGGAUCACUGCUACAGUUCUGGAGGACUUCUUCAAAACGUCCCAGAUAGAAGAGAUGCCCAAGACCGUGACUCAGAUGUACAGCCACUUCCUGAGGGUUCAGUCCAUACAGGGGGACAGGAAGUACAAUGAAAGGGCUGAAACAGAUCAACAGUUUACUUCACAGAGCAGAAAGAUCAUUCUUUCUCUGGGAAAACUGGCUUUUAACCAGCUGGAGAAAGGCAACCUGAUCUUCUACGAGGCAGACCUGGCAGAGUGUCACAUUGAUAUCAGAGCAGCCUCACUGUACUCAGGAGUGUUCACCCAGAUCUUCAAAAAGGAGUGUGGGAUGUACCAGGUCAAGGUCUUCUGCUUUGUCCAUCUGAGCCUCCAGGAGUUUCUGGCUGCCCUUUAUGUCUUUCUGUCCUUCAUCAACGAUGGUGUCAAUCUGCUCUCAGAAGAACCACCCACCUCUGGGGAAGGUAAACUCCUCCUCCUCUACCAGAGUGCUGUGGACAAGGCCUUACAGAGUGAGAACGGACAACUGGACUUGUUCCUCCGCUUCCUCCUGGGCCUCUCUCUGGAGACCAAUCAGAUUGUCCUACGAGGUCUGCUGGGACCGACAGGAACUAGCUCACUGACCAAUAAAAAAACAGUGUCUUACAUCAAGGAGAAGAUAGAUGGAGAUCUCUCUCCAGAGAGAAGCAUCAACCUGUUCCACUGUCUGAAUGAGCUGAACGACCGUUCUCUAGUGAAGGAGAUCGAACAGUACCUGACAUCAGGAAGUCUCUCCGGAAAAUCUCUCUCUCUUGCUCAACUGUCAGCUCUGGCCUUCAUCCUACUGACAUCAGAAGAGGAGCUGGACGUGUUUGACCUGAAGAAAUACUCUGCUUCUGAGGAGGGUCUUCUGAGGCUGCUGCCAGUGGUCAAAGCCUCUAAAACAUCUCUGUAG